AUGUUGAUAUUAAUACAUUUUUUGCUCAUGAUCUGCCUCAAACAUUUCGCUAAGGGGGAUCAUCAUGAUAAUCCCGUGUGUGAAAUGAAUGCUUGUCAAGCUUUAGAGGAAAGUUUAAUUCAGUUGACUGAAUUGGCCGAUAAGAUGGAUGAAAGAAAUAGGACAAAUGAUCAUUUGAAAAAAUUGGAAAGGAGGUUAAGAUCUUUGGAACAACCAGUAUGGGAAAUAGUAAAACAAGAUGGAAAAUGGAUGGACUGUUCGAAAGGUCUUUGCAAAUGUAAACCAGAAACUAAAACUUUGAGUUGUUGGCAACAAGGAAUAUUGCAGUUGCCUUCUGAACAAAUAUUGCCCUAUGACGUUAGAGCUAUAGAUUUAGGAAUAAAUUCAUUGACAACUCUAAACAAAGACGCAUUUAAUGGUUUGAGUUAUUUAACUGAAUUGGAUUUAUUUGACAAUCAAAUUGACUAUCUUCCUUCAGACGUGUUUAUAAAAUUGAAUAGUUUGGUAUAUUUGAGGUUACACAAAAAUAGGCUCGAAGAACUUCACUUCGAUCUUCUCAAAGGCCUCACGAAUUUGCGAACAUUCGAUGCCUCAGCAAAUCUGAUUAAAAUCCUACCAGGCACUUUAUUUAGAGAUAGUAAAAACCUGAUACUGCUACAUUUAUCUAGAAACAAUCUGAGAGACAUUCCAGAAACACUUUUCAACAAAAUGGAGUUUUUAGAAGACCUUGAUUUGAGCAAUAAUGACUUAGAAACUCUGCCUAAAUUUAUUUUUGAGGAUUUGAUUGCUUUAAGAAGAUUGCAUUUGGCUGAAAAUAAUAUUACUUUGCUUCCCACAGGAAUAUUUGAUAAACCUAUAAAUUUAGAGUUACUGAAUCUUAGAAAAAAUAAAAUUACACAUCUAUCGGAAAAAUUGUUUAGCAAGUUGACUAAUCUGAAAAUAUUACAGCUCACUAGCAAUCAAAUUUCACAGAUUAGUCCAAAUAACUUUAUAAGUCUCACGAGCCUAGUGGAGCUACAUCUAGAACAAAACUUUAUAAAUGAAUUACCGGAAAAUGUUUUCAUUAGAAACAAAGAGCUCGAAAAAUUGUUUCUUUUCUCUAAUAAUUUAGAAGAACUAAAAGAAAAGACGUUCAAUGGAUUAGUCAGUUUAACAUCCUUGUUUGUAAAUAAUAAUAUUUUAAAGGAUGUUAAUUCGAGGAUUUUUGUUUAUACACCAAGUUUACAAAAGCUGCAACUAGAUAGCAACAAAUUUCAUUUCCUGCCUGCAAAAAUUUUUGAUUCUCUCAGUGGUCUAGUAUCAGUAAAAUUAUCCAAAAAUCCAUGGCAUUGUGACUGCAACAUAUUGUAUUUAUCUAUUUGGGUUGAUACAAACCAGAACAAGCUAUGGGAUUCCGAUUUGUCAUGUAGAGGCCCAGGUGAUUUAGGAGGCCGCUUAUUGAAAGACAUGACUUUUGAUCAAUUGUGUGAAGGACAGUGGGCCAGCAUGAUGAACCUUGCACCCAGAGUAGCUAUAAAGCAAGUGGAAACUAAUGUGACUAAAACGGAUAAUCUUAGUGUGGCCGAUGAUGCAACAAUUUAA